AUGUUGUUGCGGCUACCACAAUCAGAAUCAGAAUGGGAAGAAAUAGCAAAAGAAUUCGAUGAAAAGUGGAAUUUUUGUCAUUGCAUUGGAGCAGUGGAUGGUAAGCACAUUACUAUUGAAAAACCACCUGGCAGCGGAUCUCUAUUUUACAAUUAUAAAGGGUUUUAUAGUGUUAUACUAUUUGCUAUUGUCAAUCCCAAUUACGAAUUUUUGUAUGUUCAAACUGGUACUAAUGGAGCUGUUAACGAUUCUGGUGUGUUUGAAACAACAACGUUUUAUCAAAAAUUUAUGAACGGUUAUUUGAAUUUGCCGGCACCAUCUCCGCUUCCAGGCGCACAAACUCCUGUACCGUACGUUUUACUAGGGGAUAGUGCUUUUCCCAUAAACAAGCAUUUUAUGAAACCCUUUCCGUCGAAAGAUAUUAACAAGGAGCAACGAAUAUUUAACUAUCGCCUAAGUCGGGCCCGCAGGAUAGUAGAGAAUGCCUUUGGAAUAAUCAGACCUAUCAAUCUAGAUCUUGAAAAUGUAGAUGCUAUUAUUUUGGCGUGUUGUGCCUUACACAAUUAUCUAAGAAAACGAGCGCCACGUUACAUAACCACAAAAUUGAUUGAUCGAGAAAAUACUUCCAAAGGUUCGUUUACAAGAGGACACUGGCGUAAUUGUACAGAUGGGUUGCAUUCAUUAAAUAACACAGGUAAAGGUCAGCGUAAUGAAGAAGGAAAACAAGUCCGUGACACAUUUAUGAAAUACUUCAACUCUAACGAGGGUAAACUCAGUUUUCAAGAUAAAAUGGUUAAUAUUAUACCUACCUAA